CAUCGCCCCGACCCGAACCGCACGCCGAGGGCCUCGAUCGAUGGGCCCGCUGCAGCUUCAGAUCGUGCCGGUGGGCACCAUUGACCUCACACUGCCCGGAGCGCUGGGCCUCACUUUGCUCAAAGACCACGUCCGUCGGCAUCCGCCAACCUCUCCUGGGGAGCAAGCAGCCCGCCAUGUCGUCGAUGCCAUCCUCUUUCUCGAGAAGCACGAGAUGAUCUCGUACUCGAUUCACGAGCUCCUGCAUGGGCUCCAUUCAAGCCCCGUUGGCGAGCCUGCAAACUCGGACAGGGCCUUCCGGUUCCGCAUCUACUUGCAUAUCCAUCCGAGGGGCGUUUCGCCCGAUAUCUCGCCGACAGCACUGAAGAACAUGCAGCGGUUCGGAUCGGUGCUCUUCAGUCGCCUCAAUUCAAGCAAAAGCUGCUGGGACUUUCAGGAUCUCAACAACAGCUGCGAUGCUCUGGUCGCAGAUGACAACCCAGCCCAUACGAAGCACCAGUCGAUGUCGCCUGUCACCAAGCUGUCUUUGGUAUACCAGGAAGUUGACUCUCCGCAGCCAGUGGCGCUGCUGAAGCCAUGUCCAUUGCCUGAAAUCCAAGCGACCCUGGAUGAAGUGCUGGAGAGGCCUGCGCCGGUCGGAUUCAGGACCACACUUUACGGAUACCAGAAACGCUCAUUGUGGAAGAUCAUGCAGCGGGAGCUCUGCCCACAGAUGUUUGUCGAUCCCGAGCUCAAGGAGAUCGUCACCAUCGAUGGUCGCCGGCUCUGGCUCCGCCUCCGGGACUUUCGAGUCAUGGACACGCCUGUCCACUACAGCGAUAUCAAAGGCGGCAUCAUCUGCGAAGAUAUGGGCACCGGAAAGACCUGUCUUUGCAUUGCUCUUAUCGCCUCGACAAAGCACCACAUCAGCACCCCGCCCAUCGAUGUCGAUCUGCAUGCGGACCUCUGUCGCGACGAGACCGUCCAUGACCUCGACGUCACCCACACCGAGACGCUCGUCAACCUUGCCGCAGCGGCCUUUCUCAAGACAGCGACGCCCUAUCGACAUCUGAAAGAGUGGAUGCCGCCGGUUGUCUACAAACUCCUCCGCUCCACAUCGCCGUACUACCUCAAGUAUCGAGAAAAUCGCUCGGGUCGGGCACUUCGGCGUCUUGGGUCCCUGAAACCCCUCAAGGUCUACUUGUCCUCGACGACUCUUGUGAUUGUGCCUGAUACUUUAAUUGUUCAAUGGUGCUUUGAAAUCCUGAAGCACACCCAGGAUCGGGCCCUCAAGUACACAGUCAUUGCCGAGGCCGAAAAGCCUAUACCGCCCGCCACGGAGCUCUUGACGUUCGAUAUUGUCAUCAUAUCCAAUCCAAGAUUUGGUCUUGAGGAGCAGCGCGGAGGACUGGACUUUGAUGGUAUCCCCCGCGCCUGUAACUGUCCUUACGUAGGCGCUUCUCGAGGGUCGAGCUGUGCUUGCGGCAAGAAAGAUGUAUAUGUGUCGCCUUUGCUCCAAGUUCAUUGGCUGCGAAUGAUUGUUGACGAAGGCCACUCCAUGGCCGACGACAAGUCAAACCAGGUUCGGCUGGCAUCCAAGCUUGCAGUCGAUCGGCGAUGGAUCUGCACAGGAACACCUAUGCCCUCUGUUUUGUCUCGGGCGGCCAGUAGACACAUGGAAAAGACGGAUCUCAAGAAGCUCGAGUCACUUGUAACCGAAUAUCUCCAGAUGGAGCCAUAUGCAUCGAACCGGGAUUUCUUUAGCAGAGACAUCUCGAAGCGCUUCCUCGAGCGCGAUGCUGAGGGGUGCUUCCUGCUCAAGGCCAUGUUCAAUCGCAUCAUGAUCCGAAAUCAGGCUGCCUCGAUCGAAGCAGAUAUCACCUUGCCUCCACUGCACGAAGUCGUAUGCUUAGUUGAGUUCAACGCCAUCCAGCGUAUUACAUACAACAGUCUUGUUGCUUUGAUCGGUGCGAACGCCGUGCUCUCUGAGCGCGAGGACGAGGACUAUCUUUUCCAUCCUCGAAAUGCAAAAUCGCUGCGACUCGCCAUCAGAAACAUCCAGCAGAGCUGCUUCUGGUAUGCUGGAAGCGAGCAGGGCGAGCUACUUCGCCGCAUCCGCGACUCGUAUCAUCUAUGUGUCGAAGAGCUUGACAAGUACACGCCAGAGCACCGACCCAAUUGGAGCAACGACGACGUUUACUUGCUGAAGAGCUGCGUUGCUGCCCUAAAGGAAGCCUUGGACUCCAAGGUCUGGGAAGGAAUCUCCUCAGUCUCCGAAUUGUGCUACCUGCUUGACCAUGUACCAGACUUUCUCCAAGAGUUUGCGGUGGUCCCCGGGCACCAUUUGGUCAGGACGAAGCCGCUGGAGCCUGUGUCAGAGCAUGAAGUCUGUCUUGCGACAGGACACACUUUGGAAAUCAUCCGACACAUCAUCAGGGUCCGGCAGACGGCCGAGGCUCAAGGCAAAGACCCGUCAGUUGACAGCGAAGAAGCAUGCAACCGGACGUUGCGCAAGCUGUCCAAGUGUUUCGAACACGUUGGUGUGGACGAUAUUGCGGAUGCCCUGAUACUGGCAACGUCGAGUCAGAAACUCAAUUACAUCAUCGACCAAAUCAAGAAGCACUACCGGACUGACAAAAUCAUUAUAUACUGCCAGCACGAUAUGGAAAUCCACUACAUCCACGAGGCACUCCGGCUCGCGAAAAUCAGGUGUCUACUCUUUCAUCGAAUGAAAAUGGGCGUGUGGGAGCGAGCACAUAAUCUCACCAACUUCAACACAGCGGAGGAAAUCCGCGUGAUUGUCAUGGACGUCAAAGUUGGAUCGUAUGGGAUCGAUCUCUCGUCGGCGUCCCGUGUCUAUUUUCUAAGUCCAGUCUGGCAGUCCGCAACGGAGCGACAGGCCAUCAAGCGCGCCCAUCGCAUCGGCUGCACCAAGCCGGUCUGGGUCGAGACCCUGGUUAUCCGAGGCUCGAUAGAGCAAGAGCUAUGGCGCCGCAAGCAGGAACUGGUUGGAGAAUCUUCGAUUUCCAAACGGAUCGAGGACGACGGACCGAUGCGGUCGCUGCUGGCUUCGUGCAGCUUUAUCUACGACCUCAAGAUGCCUGACGGAUCGACGAACUUUCGGACGAAGGCAUCGAUAUCGACCACGAUGACAUUUACUACCGCGAGAGCCACGACAAUACCGAGCUGCAGACAAUGGAGAGCAUGGUCGGCGCACUUGCUUACGGCAGCGACAGUAGCGACGAAAACUUUGAUCGGAUGGUCAGGGAUGGGCGUGCUGGGCGCGGUGCCAUUCCUGGUCAGGGAACACGCCGACGAACAGAUGACGACGACUACGAUCAUGAUUCCGAGCACUACCGCGACGAUACCCCUCAGGACGCAGAGGAUGGCCAGCGCAACGCUCCAACCGCCAGGUCGACUCGCCUGGACCGAGACGGCGGGCUUUCCGAGAAUCAGCCCGGCUCAAGGAGGCCUGUCCGGUUUGCCCCUGACGACGACGAUGCCGAUGCCGAUGCCGAUUCAUCCGCAUCUGGCCCGUUCCGCCCUCAGAAGCAGCCCAGGCUCGAUACAGAUCCGCAUGGGUAGCCCACAUAUGCACGCGGUCAGCGGCGAGCGACGGCCCUUCACCCACCAGCAACGCCGAUUCACCAGUAUCCAUGGCCGCGCUCAAUGCUUGUGGGUGUGAAACCGUAUAUUCGGGCGAUCCGAUUUGUUCUCAAAGUGUGAAAUAGAAAGAAAGAAAGGUAACUCCUGAGAGGCAAUCUCCGAAACAACAACAGAAUGGCAAAUACAGGACAUGUCAC